AUGUACGCCAACACAACGCGCGGGGCAAGCAACACAGUAAAAUUUCUCGAGUUUUUUGGUGAAGCAUCGCGAAAUUUCCAGCCUGAUGGCAAACCCAUACUCGAAUAUGGUGACCAUAUUAUAAUGGACAACUGUUCAAUUCACCAUUUUCAAGGUGGGCAAGUCCUUGGCGAAUGGCUGGAUGAUAUAGGUUGUGUACUUAUGUACCUACCGACUUAUUCGCCAGAACUGAACCCGGUAGAACUAGUAUUCAACAAACUAAAAACAGUGUUGAAAAGAGCAGAGUACAGAGACUUGUUGAGAGACAACCUGCAUGUUGCCGUUUUUGAAGGCUUGAAGCAAAUAGAACCAAACGAUAUGCAUGGGUUUUACCGUUAUACUGGAUAUAUUGAUAUCUAA